AUGAUAAAUGCCAAUGACAAUUUAGAAGAUGAAUUCGAUGGACUCACAAUAGAGAAACUAUCAGGCAUUAAGAGAUCCAUCUUGUAAUCUCGAGAUGUUCAUGAUUGGUUUAAGAAAAGGUGAAUUAUUAAUUGUAAUCUGCAGAUAUAAUGACAAAGUCAAAAAGAAAUAUUUGUAUUUCCCAGAAGAAAUCAAACAAUAGUUGGAAGUUAAAAAGAUCUUCUAAAAUUUCGACUAAAACAAAUCAAGUACAAGAGUUGAAUUUAAUUUAGACAAUUUGGACAUGAGCGAGUUAUAUGAGAUGUUUUAAAAAAAUGGUUUCAAAAUCACUGAAGAACAAUUGCAAAAGUUUUUCAAAAUUGUUGACAAAGACAGAGAUAGUAAUUGAUAAAUGUAAUCAAAGAUGCUUUAAAUUGGAGUGAAUUCAAAAAUUCAGCUUUCAACGAACAAGCCGCAUAAGGUAUGCACUUUCCCAUAUCCUUGUAGUCUUCUAUGAAAUCAUGAAAGAACUAAGAGAGAAUAUGGAGAAAGAAUAAAAAUUAGACAGUUCAUCUCCUGCUGGAAAAUACAUGCCCUUCACUUUCAACAACAUGAUCUCUUAUCUCAGUUAUCUGGCAAGUCGAGAUGAAUUAAAAAAAGCCAUUGAUGUUUUAAACUAUCUUUCUAUUUAUAGGAUACAUCCAUUUCCUAAUUGGAGAAGUUCAAGAAAUACAUGGAAAUGAUCAAUCUCAAUUAAACCAUAAGCGUCUAAAAGCGAAAUCAAUCAACCCCUGAAGUUGACAUCAUUCAUGAAGAAGUUGGAGAAAGCCAAAAUCUAGAUCAAGAACAAGAAUUCGUUAAGAGAAAUGAAUAAAGAUUCAACCUCUACAAAAAUUCCUGUAAAAUCCUACCCUUACAAUUAGUUUAUAAUUCUCAGAGCGCUUCCAAAAGCCCCAAAUCUUAAAAAUAACCUAAUGUGAUACAGAAGGAAUAACAAUUGAAGGUUCCUAAAAAAUUAAGAGAAAUUGAUGCUAUCGUAAGAUCACAUCAAGUCCCUGAGACUUAAAGCUUAUUUAAGUUGAAGGAAAAAACUAAUAACUCUAUCAUUAAAUUGAAGCAAGAUGUAUCUAAAUAUAUACAUUUAGCUAAAACCUAAUAUAAUAUCAAUGUAGAUGAAUUAUAAAUCGUAAAUACCACUUAUUAUUAUUAUAGUAAAGCACAAAAAAUAAACCUCCCCUAACACUGAAAAUCAGGAAUUUCGAAGAAGACUUUAAAAAUGCUUUGGCAGCACACUAGAUGUCAUAUAGUAAUUCUGAACCAUAUUUUAAAUUUAACGGAUCCUCAGUUCAAGAACAUUAAUUGCCAAUCCUUGAAGAGAAAUCAAAGACUAUUACCAAUCCAAUUUUACCUGGAGAUCAUUUGCCAAUAUCAGUUUUACAAGAAUUAAGAAAAUUUUAAAGAACAUAAUAAAAUUCAUUUAAUUCCAAUACAUUUAAGUCUUUAUUUAAAACUCAAAGUGAUGUAUACAAUAUAAGUGAAUAAUUAGUUUACCAAAACCGCUAUCAGCCAAAAAUCAAGAUCUUAAGGAAGAUUUAUGAAUAUUCAGAAUCAUGAGAAAUUUUAAUUUAGUGUUCCUUAAACUGCAAAACCAAAUUUACUAAGAAGUUAAUUAUCUACAGCACCUUAAUUGAGAGUUGGAACUAAUUAUGGAAUGAAAGUAUUUGAAUCUUAUGUAUUCUUAUUUAGAACCAUCAAAAAGUCGAGAUCCAACCUUUACUCGGAAAAUCACUGAUUAAAUAAUGA